AUGGAGUUCCUCGCUGUCGCGAUAUCUACACUGAGUGCUGUAACUUCCGGUUUAGCAUUUGGUUUUUCAUCAUCAACCACAAUGCAAAUAUAUUUUACUGUUUCAAAGUCAACAUUUUUCACUAGCUCAUUGAAUAUUGGAGGGUUGGUAGGUAGCCUGAUAUCAGUACCUAUGUUAAAUGCUAUUGGGAGACGUUUCACAUUGUUAGUUUCGUGCAUGGCUAGUGCUAUGGGUUGGUUUUGGAUGUAUAUGUGUUCUGAUGCAGUGUACGAAUUCUCUUUUCCAAUUUCAUUGUUUAUUUUGGGACGUCUACUAACUGGAAUUGGAGCUGGUCUAUGUAUCCCAUCUGUUGCAGUUUAUAUGUUGGAAAUAUCAUCUCCAAGAUAUCGUGGUAUGGUUGGUGCAUUGCCACAAGUUGGAAUAGUUACAGGAAUUUGUAUCUCCUUCUUUUUGGCUAUAUUUAUGGUGUGGGAACGCAUUGUUUUCACUAGUAUUAUCUUUUCAUGUGUAGUACUGGUCCUUGUAUGGUAUCUUCCAGAAUCUCCGAAACGACUUCGAAGUGUCAGAUGUCCUCAGGAUGCUGACAAUGUGGAUAUACGAUUAUCUGGUACACGUAGUUCACAUUCUACGGAUACAGAGAACAAUUCGAUUGAAGCCACAACAAAGAAACACUCAUUUAUGGUCUAUAUGUGUCCUUGUUCAUUUAUUCCAUCAAAUCAACAGCCCCGUUUACGAAUGGCUAUCAUGCUAAUGAUAUUUCAACAGUUGACUGGUAUCAAUGCUAUUCUCUUUUAUGCAGAGUCUGUAUGUCUGAUUAGUAGUGCAUUUUCACCUCCUGUUUGUGCUUUUUAUAUUGGAUUAUUUCAAAUGAUAUUCACUAUUGUGGCAGCUUUUGUCAUAAACAUUGUACGUCGAAAAAAGCUGCUCAUGUUGAGUGCUGUCAUCAUGGCUAUAUCACAAUUGGCUUAUGCUAUCACAAUUUCUGCGAAUGUACCUAGUUUCACUGUUAAUCAAUUCUGGAUUAUAUUAUUUAUAUUUGGUUAUUCUUUUGGUUGGGGACCUCUUCCAAUACUUAUCAGUAUGGAAUUAUUUCCUAUCUACUCUCGUGAUAAUGCUGUCAGUUCUAUUGUUAUAGUUAACUGGUUAUUUAGUUUUAUUAUAACAAGUUUAUUUGAAUUAAUAACUUAUUUAAUUAAUCCUUCGUAUAUUUUUAUUAUUUUUUCAUUCUUUUGUCUAAUAUCUAUUGGUUAUGUGUAUAAAUAUUUGCCAGAAACUAGUUACACUGUCGGGAAUGAGUUGUCAUCAUCAUCAUCACAUAAGUCCAUGUUGAAAGUUUAA